AUGCACCGGUAUCGUUAUUAUCGAGAUUAUUUAUUUAUGAGUAGUGACGAAGAGCCUCGGGUCGUCCAAGACCAACCAUAUGAUGAGUCAAUGGAUGUAAUAGAUGGUGAAGAAGUGGCCAGUGUAUAUACACCUGUACCACAUAAUCGAAAAUUAGCAGCACAUGAUUCCAGUAUUGCUGCAGCUGCCACUGGUUUUCGUCGAGGAGAACGGCUACCUGAAAGUCCGACCACUAGUCCAAAGCCAGGUAAUGAUGAUACACAAGAUGAAUCUGAUUCUGAACCACAAUCGUCAUCACAAGUAUUAAACGGUCAGAAAGAAUAUAAAACUACCGAUAGUAGUGGUGGUUAUGAUCCUACACUAUACAAGGAUUUACCAGUGAGCACUGAAAUAAAAGACAUAUUCAAAUAUAUUGACAAGUAUCAGCCACAAGACAUAGUUUUAGAUGUUAAAUUAAAACCAUUUAUUCCCGAAUAUGUACCCGCGAUUGGUGACAUAGACGCAUUUUUAAAAGUACCUCGUCCAGAUGGAAAGGAUGAUGGUUUGGGUUUAAUUGUUCUUGAUGAACCAUCAGCAAAACAAAGUGAUCCGCAUGUUCUUGAUCUACAUCUUCGACAUACAUCCAAACAAGCCACAUCAGUAUCAUUACCAUCUAGUAUAAGAAGUGUUCCGAAUGCGGAUAAACAACCAAAAGCCCUUGAUGAAUGGAUCAAUAAUAUUAGUCAAUUGCAAAAAGCGAAAGCUGUUGACACUGUUCAUUAUCAAAAACCAUUUCCAGAUACCGAUUUUCUCAUGCAAGAAUGGCCAACAAAAUUUGAAGAACUUUUAAAAGAGACGUCUGCUCCACCAGCCGAUCUCGAUGUGGAUUUGACAACAUAUGCGGAUAUUUCUUGUGGUAUGUAA